UAUCAGAGCUGCCUACCGGAGGAGUGGAAGAGUUGCAAUCACUUGCCCACUCUGGCUCUGGUUUCCAAAUCAGCACCUCCUUCUUCUCGGCUUCCUUCCUCCUAUCCAAUCACCUUACAAAUAAGUUGAAAUCGGUUGUUUCUAAUUCAUUCUUUAUGUUACUUUAGAGAAGCCCCAGUUCUUGAUCCGAUUUCCUGGAAGGUUCAGACGCCCUCAAUUCGCCUAUUUAUGCCCUUCGUUGCUGUAGUUGGUGUCAGUGGAAGAAACAAUUGUAUCAGUGCGGGAGGUUUCCUUGCUCACCAGCCUUCCGUGCUGAUUACGCUGGUGCUUUGAGUUCGAUCCGUGAAUUUACCAUUGUUGUGGCUUUGUGUGCUGCCUCUCUUAUGGCUGUCAACCGCCGCACGGGGGUUGCUCCGGUGCUUGGUGAGGAUAUUGAGAAAAUACUUCAAGAAGCACAACAUAGGUGGUUGCGACCAACAGAAAUUUGUGAAAUCCUACGAAACUAUCAUAAAUUUUGUAUUGCACCAGAGCCACCAAAUAAGCCUACUAGUGGUUCUCUAUUUCUUUUUGAUCGUAAGGUAUUGAGAUAUUUCCGGAGGGAUGGACAUAAUUGGAGGAAGAAAAAGGAUGGAAAGACUGUCAAAGAAGCACAUGAGAAGUUAAAAGCUGGGAGCAUAGAUGUUUUACAUUGCUAUUAUGCUCAUGGUGAAGACAAAGAGGGCUUUCAGAGGAGGAGUUACUGGAUGUUAGAGGGGGCGUUAAUGCACAUUGUACUUGUUCACUACCGUGAAGUCAAGGGUAGCAAAGCAAGCUUUAUUCAGCAAAAAAAGGAUGCGGAAGCUGUGAGGAACUCAGAAUUUGAUAGCCCUGCAUCUUCUAAUUCUUCUGCUAAUCCUAGUCACGUGCCUUCACAAUUUAGUGGUUACGGAAGUCGUAAUGGAACACAACAAUCAGAAUAUGAAGAUGCCGAUUCAUUGUAUCUAAAGCGAAGUUCGAUACAUCAAAUAAUUGCCAGACAAGUUCCAGAUACAACUCUUUCCCUGAGAUGCAGCGGUAUGGGCCUUGGAUGAGUGUUCAACAUCCCAGUCUUUGUGCUCCAGUUCUAACUCAAAAUGACCAAUGCAAGAUUGACAUCUUCUACUUAAUAUUUUUCUCGCAUUAUUGAGGGAUGAAUUUGGAUAUGCGGCUAAAUUCUGCCUGGUGACUAUCAGAGACUACAGGCUCUAAUGCCUUAUUUCAAAUCUUUCAUAGUUGCUCGAGAGGUUGCGACCGAAGUUGUAAAUGAAUCUCAUGCUGAAUUAACUUAAGCUUCAUUUGGGACGGCUUUUUUACUGCUGCUUGAAGCAGCUUUCUAGUAAAAAAAUUUCGAAAGCUGCUUCAAGAAGUAAAAAAGUCUUCCCAAACGAAGCCUUAAACUAGUUCCAAUACAAAGGCCGGUGUGAGAUUCUGGAAUGUUAUCCAACAGUGUUCAGGGGCCUAUCUUUUGAAGUCUGUUGCUACUGCAUGGGCUGCUACACCAGCAAAUAGUUUUGAGCUAAAUUCUUUCAGGCUUCAGUGAAUUGUCAGAAAUGACCUUAUUGCUGAUGAGGAAGAUGGUACAACAUUUAUGGGCAAUGUAGUGUGACAUGUAUAUUGGUUUCUCUUACGAUGAAAAGAUUGUGAGGGGAACAAACUCCAUUUCGUAUUUUUUUAGUUAAAUGAAAAUUUCCAGAACGUUGUUAGCAA